AUAAUAGUGAAAGGCGACAAUCAUGGCGGCCUGUCUGAAGUGAAAUUAUGUCGUUUUUGUAUAGCGUUAAAAUAAUUACUUAAAAACAUAUUUUUCUGAAAUACAAUGACGACCAAAAAUAAACAUGCUGAAGUUGCAACUGCCAGGUCUCGUUUGGGAGCUACACUGCAGCAUUUGGUAGAUAAAAAAGAAGAAAGUCAGCCUGAAAGUGAAGAUGAAGGCGCUAGUAGUCAGCCAGACAUGUCGACAGGGUCACCGUCUGUUUCUCCCCGCAAGUCGACAGGCAAGAGUUACAGAAAGAGAAAACGAAAAGAUGACGUUGAUUUUGACUUGGCUCAGCAACAACACAGCUAUGUGAUGAAGUUGUUUGAUCGCAGUGUGGACCUGGCACAGUUUACCGAGUCCACCCCACUGUAUCCCAUCUGUCGAGCUUGGAUGAAGAAUCAGCCUGGUAACAAAGAGCCUGAGGUACGAGAACGAUCCCCUUCACCAGAGGUAGAGGCACAGAGUUCACAAGAUGAAGAGGGUGUUGAGAAAUUUCCUGAUGUGUACACUAUGCCACCUCCCGUAAAACAAGAGACUUCAGAAGUCUGUCAGGACCUGCGUAUACCAGAGCCUCUGCCGCAGACCGACCCAAGCCUUGAUAUACAUGCUGACCCUGAUUUAGCCACUCCUCCAGAACAACUGCUGUUGAAUCACAUGGCCAGAUGGAAACAGAUCAGAACAAGAUGGCGAAACCAAGCAUAUGCUAAUGAACUUCGUUAUGGAGAUAGUCUAAACCUGCUAAAAGAAAUGUUUGACAGACAAUGCAAAGAGACCUAGUUUUUUAAAAAGGUCAGAGAUGGAUUAAAACUGUUACACAAGAGAAUCAAAACAUUCUCUUAUUACUGACUUCUCUGCAGUCUUGUGAAAGGCAGUCAAAACGUGUGGCUGUAAAAUCUCUCUCGACAGUGUUGUCUUUAUGCUUUAUUUCUGAUAAUUUUUCAGUCCAUGUACAAUAGUUUUGACAGACCAGUUGUGUGUUUUAACAACCUGGAAUAGUGCUGCCCAUACCAAGUAUGAGGAAGUUCAAUUUAUUUUUGGAUUUUGUUUUUAAGUUGUUCUAAGGUUUUGACAUGGCAUCGUUCUUCUUUUUAAAAAAUAAGAGCAAAUUUCUAAAUAAUUUGUUUCGCAUAUAUAUUCUUUUUGUAGAAAUAUCAAUGAUAUACAGUUCUUUAAGUGCUGAGCAGUAAUUACAAGUUGACAGAAGAGAAUGAUGCUGUGAAAUGAAUAUAUCAACAAGUCAAAACAUUAACACCAUGCCAUAUAUGAUUUUUUUUUUUUUUAAAUCAGACUUGUUGCUUUUUAGUAUCACUGAAUGAAAGUGAAAGAAAUAAAAUAUUUUAAUUGUG